AUGAAUCUGAGGAUAACGGUACUGUGUGUGAUAGUGGGGCUAGUGUUGGGUGUGAAAGAUGUAGAAGCUAGGGCAGUGAGUAGCAGGAGAGUUCAUCAGGAGCAGGAUAGAAGACAAGUGGAAGGAGAGACUAAACGUGAAGGAUACGACUACGGAGCAGGAGAUCACUCUUUCGGAGUGAAGAUACAACAUCCGUCGUCGAAGGAGACGCAGUCAUUUCAAGAUAGUGGGAGUAAUGAAGGACAUAAGGAACAUACACAUUUUGAACAUCAUCAAACAUUUGAACACCACCCGCACGCAGAACGUCUAACAUCUGUUGAACACCAUGAACAUCAAAGUUCUCAACAUCAACCUCUUGUGCAACAUCAAUCGCAACAUCAAGGCUUCCAACCGAGCCAGAAGGAAGACUUUGGAGAGUGGAAAGCCAUUCCUCAACACCACCAGAGCGAAGUCAAACUCGAGUCUCAUGAUGCUGUAGAGGAGAUCCAACCGUACUACUCCGGAGGCGAAAGUCCCCAACAGGACAUCAAACAGGGGGAAGACUUUAAACUCAUACAUGAGAUAAACCAUGGGAUAGGAGAUUUGAGCAAUGCUGGACAUUCUUUGGAGUUUGAUCAUCCCAAAGUAGAAGAACACAUUGGGGAGCACGAGGAAGAGCAUCAUCACGAGGUGAAGACUGUGACAGUGACGAAGGAAGUCCCAGUGCCUUACACAGUGGAGGUGGAGAAGAAAGUGCCUUACAAAGUGGAAGUUCCUGUAGACAAGCCUUACAAAGUUGAGGUGCCAAAGCCAUACCCGGUCUACGUUGAGAAGAAGAUCCCCUACAAAGUGAAGGAGUACGUGCCACAACCUUACACCGUCUACAAGAAAGUGCCUUACACAGUGAAGGUCCAUGUGGACAAGCCUUACCCCGUCCAUGUACCGAAGCCUUACCACGUGGUUGUGGAGAAGAAAGUGCCUUACCACGUAGAGAAGCACGUGCCUUACCCAGUCAGAGUCUACGUAGACAAGCCUUACCCCGUGCACUACCCUGUGUACAAGCACGUACCUUACACCGUCGAGAAGAAGGUACCUUACCCGGUCAAGGUGCCUGUGGAGAAGCCCUACCCGGUGUCGGUGCCAAAACCUUACAAGGUAUACGUAGAGAAGAAGGUGCCGUACACAGUUGAGAAGCCGGUACCAUAUCCAGUCCAUGUCCCGGUCUACCAUCAGGAAAAACAUGAACACUCUAUACAUCACGAAGGGCCACACGCAUCACACGAACACUCUUCCUCCCAUCACGAAAUUCCUCACAUAUCACACGAACACUCUUCCUCCCAUCACGAAAUCCCACACAUAUCACAUGAACACUCUUUCUCUCAUCACGAAAUUCCACACGCAUCUCAUGAACACUCUUCCUCUCAUCACGAAAUUCCACACAUAUCACACGAACACUCUUCCUCCCAUCACGAAAUUCCACACGCAUCAUAUGAACACUCUUCCUCCCAUCACGAAAUUCCACACAUAUCACACGAACACUCUUCCUCCCAUCAUGAAAUUCCACACGCAGCACACGAACACGCUUCCUCUCAUCACGAAAUUCCCCACUUUUCACAACACCAUUCAUCCGUUCACCACGAAAUCCCACACGCAUCGCAACAAUCACACCAUGAAUUUUCUCACAAGUUCCACCAAUUUGAACAAAACAGUCACGGGCAUUUUCACCAUGAAACACCUCACACAUUCCACGAAUAUGCUUCUGCCAGUCAUGAAGUCCCGCAAAAGUUUUAUGCUGAACAGAAAGCUCACGAAAGUUCCCGCCACGAAGUUAAACUUCCCCUAAACCAAGGGAAUGUUGGAGAUCAACCUUCCCAUAGCAAAAGGGAAGAGAUUAGGGAACAGAAAGUUUCGGAGAGUCGCCAGCACGAGUCCAGGCAAGGUCCAGACCAUCUUGUCAAUCAGGAAUUGAAAGCUUCUACUUAUAGACCUCCAACUUCUUCUUAAGCUUUGGAGAAGUUCGAUCAUUCGUAGAGGUUCAGAAAUGCUGGCGCUCUAUAAAGCCCAGGAAAGACCUCCUUAGGAGGCUUUUGAAUAGACUGAUGUAAAUAUUAUGCACUGUUCUUCGAAAUAAAUUAUGUUAUUUAAUUA